AAAUUUUAAAAUAUUUAAAAUUUUUAUAAUUAGUUGGAAACGUGGCAACGCAGCGGUAGAAUUACAUCCGAAUUUGACCGAUUGUAGGCGGUAAAACGACGAAAACGUGACUAACAAUACGAACAUGAAUUAAAUUCGUUUGAUCUAUUUACGAUUAAGUUACUAGCAGGUAGCUUUAAAAAAUCGUGGAAUCGUUUCGAAUACAGACUUGCAUUCGCUGUUGUAUGAAUUAAAAAUCAAAAUUUAAAAAAAGCGCUCCCUGGUGACGGCAUUAUGUAAACAUCCAAAAAGAAGUCGUGUCAAACUCGUGUUAACACGAACCCCUCCAACUCGAAAGUUUCACAUUUUUUUGCGAAAAAAUCACAAGCGGUAACCGGCCAAGUUCGCGUCUAAAAUAAUAGAAAUUAAAUCCGCAAACGGUUUUCGCGAUUAGUUUGAAUAAAGUCGUCGAUUUAACGAAAGCCGGUCAAUCGGUCGUCAACGGCUCGACUCGGCCCGAACGGUCGCCAUCUUAGUUUUCGAACAAAGCUGGUUAGCCGGAGCCGGUCAGUAGAGCGUCGGUGCUUCGAAUCGUAAACGUCGCGAGUUCUAAAGUGAAUCUUGACCUAAAAGUCCGAUUUAUCGCACUAAUUUUUAUAUAAAACCCAUCGAAAAUGAGUUCCACGGAAAACGAGGUCGCCGUAGAGAAAUUAGACAACGAAAAAAACGCCGCCGAUGGAAAGACGACGGACCUGAAAGGAACGAAGCGAGCGGCAGAGGAUAAAAUUGAAGAGGCGAAGAAGGCGAAAAAAGAGGAGAACGGGGCCAAUUCGGAGGGUGAGGACCUAGACGAAGAAGAGGAGGAAGGUAUCGAAGAAGAAGAGGAGGAAGGCGACGAAGAAUUGCACGAGGGCGAUGAUGAGGAGAUCGAGGGGGAAGAAGAUGACGAGGACGUGGAAGGGGAAGAAGGCGUCGAGGAGGAGGACGACGACGCAUAAUAAAGUUGGGGACGCCGUCGACCCGUGUGAAAAAAAUAUAAAACCCUGACGGACAAUCUAUUUUAGUGUAAAAAGUCUCGAGUUACUUUGUGGACUUAAUUCUUCAUAUUUGUUUUUUUUUUUUAAUUCGGUUUUUCAGUUAUCAUAGUUAGGUAAUUUUUGGUGCGUGUCUAUAAGAGAAAAAUAUUAAUCUGAAUAUUCCGCCCCCUCGUUAAAAUACAGGACCGUUUUUUAAAUAUAUAGAUCAACUCACAUUGAGAAAUAAACAGUACUGUAUUCGUAAUUUUUUUAAUUUUGUAUUUCCACAGGCUACCUCGCGAUUUUUGUCACGAAAAUGCAAAAACGCAAAAUGGGUUCUUUUUUUUUAUAUUUGUAUGAAAAAAGGACUCCAACUAGUUUGGUGACCGUGCGAAAACUGCGUGUGAGUCGCGGUACCUGACUAAAAUUUAACUUAUUACGUAUCCCCCUUCGAUUUGUAUAAAAACAUGUCCAUUUUUUCUUAUUUGUGUAAAGAUAGAUAUAAAUUUAGCUUAAGUUGGUUAAUUUUGAUCUUAUCACAAUAGUUUUGGCGUUUUGGUUUACCUUUUUUUUAAUUGAAUGUACAAAAGAGUUGUCUUGUAAUGUAAAAUGUAAACCUUUUUGCAGGAAAGUCUUAGAUAUUAAUGCAAAGAAGUACAUUAAAUAGUGUUUCACGAUUUGUAAAUUGUAAUAGUUUCAAAACGGUUUUUUUAAUAAUUUUUUGAGCAUAUAUGGAGAGACAGGAGGGCAAUAAAGCGUUUACCGUAGGCUAAAAAUAUAGGGACUUAGUCUAAACUGUUUAUUUUUUUUUUAAUUAGAUCAGUGUGUUUUCUUGUAAGUAUGAUAUUUGUAAUUAAUUUUUUAAUUCAAUUUUAGAUUUUUUCAUUCAUUGGUCGACUGGUGCUAUAAAACAAGAAAAAGAGCGGGAAUCCCUUAAAAUUCUCUACAUUUCACUCUUUUGGUCACAAUUUGUAAUGUUUUUGCAUUUUUUUCUAUAAGAAAAAUGCGAAAAUAUCACAGAAUGGUAUUACAUAUUAAAUACAAAGUAUACAAAACUUUUGCUAAUUGCUACUUACUAUUUUUAUGGUAUAGAAACUUAUCUAAAUUUAUUCAAGCGCUCUUUUUCUUGAAUUUAUUUUAACGCAGACUACAUUAUUUUCAAAUUGCCACCAAUUUGUAAUGUCUGAUAUAGAAUUCCCCCAAUAAAUGAUUUUUGAUACGCUGCUAUUUUUAUAACUCCUUGGAAAGUAAUACAAUUUAUGCUAUUUUAUUUUCUGAAAUUCAACGUGGCAAUUUGUGGAUAAUCCUAUUUUGACCGUAACUUUUUUUAUAGGCAAAUGUAUGAUUUCGAGCGUUUCUGCGUACGCAAGGCGUAUUUUUAACCCGGCUAUAUUUUUUACACGAAACUACAGAGCGACCUUUUUUUU